GUCAGCGGUACCAGCAGCAUCACGCGGCCGAAGACCGGAAAGCGGAGGCGACGGCCUCGCGCGGCGCAGGAUCGGCCACCGAGGCGGGUUCCUGACUCACCUGCGUCCCCGCUUGGAGAAGGCUCCGGAACGAAGAAGGAAGCUGUGGAGUGCUGCAAAGAACAAGCGCCUGGCCCGCCCGGGGACAAAGCAGCGUUUCUUGGCGCGGAAGAAGAGAGGGCGGGAGGAGAGGGAGAGGGGAAGGCGAACAUGUUUAUCCAGAAGGCAUGGAGGACGGCGUCCUUUGGGCUCUACGGCUUCACCCAGUUCACCAAAUCCGGUUUCCUGGAACAUGCCAAGAAAUUCAGAGAGGAAGAUAUGCAGAUCCGGUUGGAUGGGAAAAACUGCCUGGUGACUGGAGCAAAUUCUGGCAUAGGUUUUGCUACAGCUGAGGGUUUGGCUUCACAUGGAGCUACUGUCUACAUGCUCUGUCGUAACAAGGAGAGAGGAGAGGCUGCUCUCAAUCAAAUAAGAUCCAAAACUGGCAAUGAAAAUGUUCAUCUGGAGAUAUGUGACCUUUCAUCUAUCAAUGAAGUCAAAUCAUUUGCAGCAAAGUUCUCUUCAAUGGAUAAAUCACUCCAUGUCCUUGUAAACAAUGCUGGCUUACUGGAGCACAAGCGGGAGACUACAGCAGAAGGGUUGGAGCUCAAUUUUGCUGUCAAUGUGGCAGCAACAUACACUUUAACAGAACUAGUGAUGCCAUUAUUGGAGAAAGCAGCACCAGAUGCUCGUGUCAUCACAGUUGCAUCAGGAGGCAUGUACACUGAGCCACUGAACAAGGACUUACAGUUCAGCGAAGGAAACUUUGAUGGGACAGUACAAUAUGCUCGAAACAAAAGAAUUCAGGUCGCACUCACUGAAUGGUGGGCCGAGAAAUACAGCAGCAAGGGGGUUGGUUUCUACUCCAUGCACCCUGGAUGGGCUGAUACACCUGGAGUCGCCAAGAGCUUGCCGGGAUUUUCAGAGAAAUUGUCUGGAAACCUGAGAUCAAAUGACGAGGGAGCUGAUACCGUGCUUUGGUUGGCGUUGCAACCUAAGGACAAGUUAUCACCGGGAGCUUUCUAUUUCGAUCGAGCUGAAGCACCAAAACAUUUGAAGUUUGCCGGGACCAUGUCAUCACAUUCGCAGAUAAACUCCAUUGUUGAUAGCAUUAGGUCCAUCUGUGGCCUCCCUGCAUCGGGAUGAGCUGCUUUGUGAAGUAACAAGGAUAGCUGAUAGGUCUUGAACAUGAGGGAGCAUGACUCAUGACUACCAAGGGGCAUAAAAAAAAGUUGCACCAGCCGGGAAUCGAACCCGGGUCUGUACCGUGGCAGGGUACUAUUCUACCACUAGACCACUGGUGCUUAGUGAAAAUCUUUCGAUCGGUGCGCUACUUGUAUAUUGUAAAGAAGUUCUUAGAUCAGCAGCAAGCCAGCAAUAAAUAUUCGUUGUGUAAGAGGCUAGGAGCAGUAAGACGUGGGUAUUUCUUAUAUUUCCCUUGAACAUUCUAUACCCUGGAACUUAUAUAUAUGCAUUUAAAUAA